CAAAACUGUUACAUACACAACAUUUGCACGACAUCUUACACACAAAUCAUCUACAUAUAUGCAUACAAUGAAGCAAAUCUCUUCUUUCGGCAUGAUCAGGUUUUUAUCGCUCUUAUUAUUGCUACUGCUAGUAGUAAGCUCUAUAACAGUAUCAGCUGCUCCUCUCGACAAGCGUGGUAUCUCCAGCUGUUACAAAAAGGCGAGAAUAACACAAUAUUGGAUACCUAAAGAAGGCGACAAAGACAUGACCAAUGAUGGCAAAAGUGUUACGCUCACCGGCUCUAAAACUAAAAGUCUCAAGGAUAAAAAAGGCCGUACUAUUGAGAAAGUAGCCAAAAUUACAUAUGAGAAAUUCCAGAUGGAAGGUACUGGUUUACUCAAGUCUGGAAAACUGGUGAACUUAGACAGUGGAAAUGAUAAGUUCAUGGAAUUGGACCGAUCAAAAACACCUUAUGGCUUAGGCUCUAACGGCAAUGGUUUGCAACCUUGGGUGAGUGUCGCGGCGAAUGAUAUUAAAAAAGGCACCACUCUAUAUGUGAAAGAAUUAGAUGGCUUGAAGCUACCUGAUGGUAAAAUUCACAAUGGCUGCGUUCGCGUGGACGAUGAAGGCUGGAGUUUUGAUGGCUGUCAAUUGGAUUUCUUUGUUUUGCAAUUUACUGCUUAUCAAGAAUUACAGGAUAUAAUACCUGACAGAGUGAAUGCGGUAGAGAAGAAAUGUACAAUUAAAAACUAUGUCACCUCCGCAGUCAAGAAAUGGGCGGUACUCUAGUUUAUUUUUACAGCGCUAAGUCAAGUUUAUAUACGUACAUGUCUGGCUUCUUUUAUUCUUUUCAUAUCUAACCUUUAUAGGCAUCCAUUGUCAUUUGUAAAUUUAUUGUAAAAUUAAAAAAAAUUUCGUCUUUUCAUAUAAUUUCGUUUACUUGAAAGUGACGUGUGACAGUGGCAGAUUUACUGCUCGGAUCGAACAAAAAAUGCAGUUUUCGUAUAUAAUCGUGAUGUCAAACGAAACAUUGGAAAAUGGCGUUCGUUC